GAUUGAGAUUCAACGCGCACCAUCACAGGCUGCAGAAUCGCCUUCCAGCAGAACAAGCAGACUCUGUUGCUGUGGCUGCAGCACCGUGCUGCGAUAACUUACGCUACCAUGUCCUAGAUGCAACGCUGUCUCUUUUCAAUACAGAAUGGUUUGGAAAUGCGUCCACGCUCCUUGUUCUGGGGUGGUCGCACGACCUUGUUCACGAUUCGGAAGACUACGGUCUCUUCUCCCUACACGUUCGGAGUCCUGGACCUUGCUCGCUAGGUACCAUGCUAGAGAAUACUCAUCGGUUGGUGGUGGUAGUGAAUCACGCUUGCGAUCGCUUUCUGUUCCGUCGACCGCCAGGUUCAAUGAAAUCGGGGUGCAGCAGUUGAGCGAACAUGUUUACGCGCAGAUCUUCCGUGGGAAGUCUCGGCCACCAGACCCGAAUCUGGUGGCUCUAUCGAAGGAUCAUUUGUCUAGACAUGAUCUGCUCGGCAAGUCUCAAGAUGCGUCAGAUCCUAUCGCAUUCGAUUUUCCCCCGCUGCAGGGCCACACCAUGGAUGAACAUUUUUUCAAGCUGGGGAUGGAUUCAUCGGAGCCGUACCUGGGCUAUGCAAAGUCUUACAUGGCGGUCAACUCUCCUCCGAAGCCGCGAAGAUGGGUUAAACGGAGCGGGUGGACCAAAUAUCACAGCGACGGCACCUGGGAACCAGUCGAUGCCCCGAACGAGUCGAUGCUGACGUUCGAUACGGAGGUUAUGUGGAAGGAACACUCCUUUGCGGUCAUGGCAUGCGCCGUCAGUCCUACGGCUUGGUACGCCUGGUUAUCGCCAUGGCUGCUGGGGGAAUCAGAAAACACAACGCAACUGGUUCCUCUCGGCGAUCCCCUGCAGCCUCGGAUUGUAGUUGGACACAACAUUGGUUACGACCGGGCUAGGGUACUGGAAGAGUAUGACUUGAAGCAAAGCUGCAAUUUUUUCCUCGACACCAUGUCUCUCCAUGUAGCCGUGAAUGGAAUGUGCUCCCAGCAGCGACCAACAUGGAUGCGGCACAAGAAGAAUAGGGAUCUGCGCGACAAGAUUGCCAAUGAGAGCAACUCUGUCGAGCUAGCUGCGAUGAUUGAGCACAAGCUGCUCAGCGACGAAGAGGAAGAAUUGUGGGUCGGGAGGAGUUCUGUUAAUUCCCUUCGCGAUGUGGCCAAGUUUCACUGUGAUGUCGCUAUCGACAAAGCCCAGAGAGACUUCUUUGGCGAACUGGAUCGACCUGGCAUUCUCGAGAGGCUGGAGGAGCUCCUGGAUUAUUGCGCAGCAGAUGUGGCCAUCACCCAUCGCGUUUUCAAGAAGGUGUUCCCGAACUUCCUCGAGGUCUGUCCGCAUCCUGUGAGUUUCGGGGCGCUCAGACACCUCUCUACCGUUAUCCUCCCUGUGAACCAGAAUUGGCAGGAGUAUAUCACCAAUGCCGAAGCAACAUAUCAUCAACGACUCAACGACGUCCAAAAUAGACUGGUUGAAUUAUGCGACGAGGCUUUGAAAGUAAAGGCCGAACCCGAAAAGUACAUGAAUGACCCAUGGCUACAGCAGCUGGACUGGUCUGGCCAGGAGAUCAAAAUGGUCAAGGGUAAAAAGAAAGGCGAUCCACCACGCCCGGCUGCGCGACAGAAGAAACCAGGCAUGCCGCAGUGGUAUAAGGAUUUAUUCGCAUCAAGCAAUGCGGAUAUUGGUCUGACUGUUCGGACAAGAAUUGCACCAAUUCUACUGAAGCUUUCCUGGGACGGCCAUCCAUUGAUCUGGUCCGAUAAGUUUGGCUGGACGUUCAAAGUUCCGCUUCAUCAGGUGAAGCUUUACGAGAACCAACCCGUUGUCAUUUGCGAUAUGUCUGAAGAAACGAACUUGAGUCUGCGGGAUGACAGGAGACAUGCAUAUUUCAAGCUCCCUCACAAGGACGGGCCGCAGGCUCGUUGUACCAAUCCACUGGCAAAAGGGUACCUCCAACACUUUGAACGCGGAACACUCUCCUCCCAGUAUGCUCUUGCCAAAGAAGCCUUGGAGAUGAACGCUUCCUGCUCUUAUUGGAUCAGCGCGCGAGACCGCAUCAUGAGCCAAAUAGUUGUGUACGAAAAUGAUCUGCACCACAAGCCAUCAAGGGAGGUAGGCCCUCCAAGCCUGGGCUAUAUCCUGCCACAGGUAAUUCCGAUGGGUACCAUCACCCGACGAGCGGUGGAAAAUACGUGGCUCACAGCCAGCAACGCCAAAGGGAACCGUGUAGGUUCUGAGCUGAAAGCCAUGAUCCAGGCUCCGCCAGGCUACGUUUUCGUUGGAGCCGAUGUCGACUCUCAAGAGCUGUGGAUUGCCAGCUUGAUAGGUGAUGCUCAAUUUCAGUUACAUGGAGGCAACGCUAUCGGGUUCAUGACUUUGGAAGGGUCCAAGGCGGCAGGCACUGAUAUGCAUUCCCGUACCGCAAAGAUUCUGGGCAUUUCACGAAAUGAUGCAAAGGUCUUCAACUAUGGACGUAUCUACGGCGCUGGCGUCAAAUUUGCCGCGACUCUGCUGCGCCAGUUCAACCCAUCUUUGACGGAGAGACAGACCCAGGAGAUUGCUAGCAAUCUAUAUAAAGAAACUAAAGGGGCUCGUACGACCCGUCGCGUUUUGAACGAGAACCCUUUCUGGCGAGGAGGUACCGAGUCAUUCGUGUUCAACAAGCUAGAAGAGUUUGCAGACCAAGAAAGGCCUCGAACACCCGCUUUAGGGGCCGGUAUUACGGAGGCUUUAAUGAGACGGUUCAUCAACAAGGGCAGCUUCAUGACUUCGCGGAUCAACUGGGCCAUCCAGUCUUCUGGCGUCGAUUACCUUCACCUUCUUAUUAUCUCGAUGGACUUUCUCAUUCGUCGAUUCAAUAUCAAUGCUCGUCUGGCGAUUACAGUCCAUGAUGAAAUCAGAUACCUGGUCAAGGAUGAGGACAAGUACCGUGCGGCAUUGGCAUUGCAGAUCGCCAAUGUCUGGACACGCGCCAUGUUCUCCCAACAGGUUGGCAUUGAUGAUCUUCCUCAAUCUUGCGCUUACUUCUCCGCUGUCGAUAUCGACCACGUCCUGCGAAAGGAGGUGGAUAUGGACUGUGUGACUCCUUCACACCCCCACAAAAUCCCUCACGGCGAGUCCCUUGAUAUCAGUCAGUUGCUGGAAAAAGGUCAACAAGCACUUCUCGACCCUUCUAUUGUUCCUCUCUCUACACCAACUCCUGAAAAAUACUCGUACACGCCUCGUCCUUCUGUCAUGUCAUCGCUUCAAUCCUCCGAUUCCUCGGCCUUCAUCAAGGCACAAAUCACCAAAGAUGACAAAGAGCUUCGUGAAAUCAUUAAGGACUUAGGCAAAGCCAAUGCCGCUACCCCUCCCUCUUCCUCUUCCUCUUCUCGAUCUUCGACUAGAUAUUCCAAGUCAGCAUCAUCGCCGUCGGCCCAGCCUCAACGCGCUAUCCUGAUGGAUGUACAACCGAGUCUAUAUCAAGACUUCCGACAUAUUGCGCCAAGCAACAAACCGUCCCAAUACACCGUGAACCGCUACUCCCCCAAAUCUCGGCCUUCUGCACGCACCUGAUCCGCCUUUUAUUUUUCGCCCUUGACACAUUCACAAUGUGUUCUAUCAUCCGGAUGAUCAUCUGCCGAGUACCAUAUGAUAUCAUGGAUAUUUCGUUUGUUAACUACGAUUCUGCAUUGUAUUAUUGUCCAAAACCCUUGAAUGAAGCAUUUGGAUGGCGUCUGUUUGUGUCUUGAAUGGUGUGGCUGGGAGAAACGAAACUUAUAUGGAACGGGGUGGCUGUAUAUGACAGGAAAUCUACACUUUGGAUUUAGAUUUCAUAGCUAGUAGCACUAGGAGCUACUCAUUCAUAUUUAUAAUGCAAGUAUU